AUGGCUUUGUCGAAUCAAUGUCAAGUUCUCCGGUCGAAUUCUGAAAUGAAAUUUAGGAAUCCGAUAGUCUGGGAAGAUCUACCCGAUAUGGAGGUAAUUCGUGUUGGAGAAGUCUACUACAUGUCGGCGUCUUCCUUUGCCUUUUCUCCUGGUGCGCCAAUUCUUCGAUCAGAGAACCUCGUUGACUGGGACUAUAUCGGGCACUCAGUGCCAGAGCUUCCUUUUGUGAGUCGAUUUUGGCUUGAUGGCAAUCAUCAAGGUGCCUACGGCAAAGGUAUUUGGGCGUCGACGAUGCGAUAUCGUAAAAGCAAUGGCUCAUUCUACUGGUACGGGCCCAUACAGGGCACCGACAAGACCUUUGUCUAUACUGCAAGACGCCCUUCCGACCGUUGGACUCUAUUGGCAUUCAUCGACAAGUUCUACUAUGAUCUUGGUCUACUUAUUGACGAAGAUGACACUUUCUAUCUUGCCUAUGGCACAAAGGCCAUUCAAGUUGCCAGGCUCAGUCCUGAUGGAAAACACGAAAUCGAAAGCAGAGUUGUCUACGAGUCAGAGGAGUACCUCGAGGGAGCACGGAUGUAUAACAUCGAAGGUAGAUAUUACAUCUGGUUGACAAGACCUUAUGCCGGCCAAUAUGCCCUAAUGUCGCGAUCGGGCCCUUUCGGACCGUAUGAAUGUCGACAGGUCAUCAAAGAUAUACUCUCUCCCAUUGCUGGUUCGGGAAGCCCACAUCAAGGCGCUUUAAUCGACUCUACAAGUGGAGACUGGUAUUAUAUGGCUUUCAUGGACGGCUACCCAGGUGGACGCAUACCUGUCCUUGCCCCUGUCACGUUUGACCAGGAAGGUUGGCCGGAGGUAGAAGCGGAUUAUUCAGAGUCCCCGGGCAGAUGGUGUCUUCAAUAUUCCCAUCCCAGUCCUGAGAGUAAUCAUAGGCGAUCCAGUGCGUGUUUCAAAAGACAUUUGUUCAAGCAUAAUGCUUUGGAUCAUUGCUGGGAGUGGAAUCACAACCCCGAUAACUCGAAAUGGAGCAUUCAAGACGGGCGCUUGGUGCUCCAAACUGGCACCCUAACGGACAGCCUCCACCUCGCGACCAACACCCUCACCCACCGCGUCGUCGGUCCCAAGAGUAUGGCAACCUUCUGUUUCAACAUUUCUGAGCUACGAGACGGGGACAGAGCAGGUGCCUCCUUGUUCCGUAAUGAGAGUGCCUACAUCGGCAUACAUAAAGAGAAAGGGGUUUCACAGCUGGUCUGUGUACAAGAUGUGGUCACAGCUCCAAGGAAUGUUCCUGUGGGCUUCAUGAAUGGACGCCCAGUUGCACUUGACUGGGAAAUAAAGUCAAAUGGAUCCGUCAAGGCCGAAACAACGAUGGCUGGCGACCGGGUGUGGCUGCGAAUCAAGGCGGACGUCACGCCUGCUUUCUCACAUGGAUAUGAGAAAGAAACCCGGUUCGCUAAAUUCGAGUUCAGUUUUGAUGGGACCUAUUUCGAUCAACUUGGGCCAGAUUUUGCCCUCACCAAUGAAGCUGUAGGCUAUGUCGGAUACCGGUUUGCGGUCUGUAACUGGGCAACGGUUGCGCUUGGAGGACAGUUGUCAGUAGAAAGUUGUGAUGUACAAGCUUAUGACGUAAAUACCGAGUAG